AGUGCCAAAGAGCUAAGGCUAAGCAUGGCAAUCACUCCCUCACCAUCCAGUGUUCGAUAUGGUUCGAUUCCAGGAGAGGGGCUCGUUCAUGCCUGGUUAUAAUUCUCCUAAUGCCUUUGCUUUUGCUUUUCCGACACACUGGACCCUUCAUCCAUAUUGUCUUCGGCUUUAAUGCAUGGUAUUAAAAGGGACGGCCAUACAAGGAAUAGAAACGCCUAAGACUCAAAUCUUUCAGUUCACAAGGCCUUCUCAGACACCGGAGGAAUCAAUUUUAGUUUUAGGUUUGGUUAUGCAUUUGAGAGAGAUGGUGAAAGAAGCAAAGGGACUGAGAGAGACAACCAUAAUCAAGGCUGGACGGCAACACUGAAAGGGAGAGAGCGAAAGCAACAGAGGAACAUGUGUUUAACUUUCAACUUCGGUGAUCGUUGUCUACAAUUUCAUGAGAAUUUGAAAGAACACAGUGCAGCAAAAUAAUCUGUCUGAGUGGGAAGGCAGUGAGCGAAGGACGUGGACUUCAACGAUUAGUUCUCUGGAAGUCUUUUCAAAUACUACUGACAAGCCAUACACAGUGUUUUACAUUAAUACUGGGAUUUUAUUUAUACAGCAAAGGUCCGUUGUCAGUGGAUGAAUUUGACCUAGCUGUUUUACCAAACUUCCAAUUGCCUGACCUUUAGUUUCAGUCCCCAGCUGCCUUACCUUUUAAAAUGAUGACAACUAUAUCAUCUCUCUGCCUGCCUAAUGUCUCUCUCUCCUACUGAAGCCAAUGAACAAACUGACAGACUUGGAUUAGAGGCAAGCCAGUCUGGUUGUUGAGGCCUUCAAUUCGGAUGAUUCGAUUAGAUAUACUUAUCCUUUUCCUCUUGAUCAGGAAAAAGGCCCAGAAAUAACCUUCAAGAACCUAGAGACACUCUGCACCAUCACUCAUCAUCACUGUUCACCCCUGUAACAUAGGCUACAAAAACAAUAAUGGCUGCUGGAGUUGCGACAUGGCUGCCCUUUGCUAGGGCAGCAGCCGUGGGCUGGCUACCACUUGCCCAAAAGACUAUGCCCAAGCCUCCUGUGGACAAGAAGAGCCGCAGUGAUGAGAUCCUGUUUGUGAAUGUGAGCGGACUACGCUUUCAGACAUGGAAGAACACCUUGGACCGUUACCCUGACACCCUUCUAGGCAGCUCGGAAAAGGAGUUUUUCUAUAACGAGGAAACUCAGGAAUAUUUCUUUGACAGGGAUCCAGAGAUGUUCCGCCAUAUACUAAACUUUUUUCGAACAGGCAAGCUACAUUACCCGCGACAUGAAUGCAUUCAAGCCUUCGAGGAGGAACUAGCUUUUUAUGGCAUAAUACCUGAGAUCAUAGGUGACUGCUGUAUGGAAGAGUACCGGGAUCGCAAGAAGGAGAACCAGGAGCGUUUGGCUGAGGACACAGAGGCAGAGAAUGCUGGAGACGCUCCACUGCCCCCAGGCGCCACGUUACGAGAGAGGCUAUGGAGGGCAUUUGAGAACCCUCACACAAGCACCAUGGCUCUGGUUUUCUACUAUGUCACUGGUUUCUUCAUUGCUGUGUCUGUUAUUGCAAACGUUGUGGAAACGGUUCCCUGCCGACCAAUCAAAGGGAGUAUAAAGGACCUGCCAUGUGGUGAGAAGUUUUCUGUGGCCUUCUUUUGUAUGGACACAGCCUGUGUGCUUAUAUUCUCCUUUGAGUACCUCAUGAGGCUGUAUGCUGCCCCCAGCCGCUGUGAUUUUGCACGUUCAGUGAUGAGUGUGAUAGACGUGGUGGCCAUCUUGCCCUUCUACAUUGGCCUUGUCAUGCCCGAGAACGAGGAAGUCAGUGGGGCCUUUGUCACCCUAAGAGUCUUCCGGGUAUUCCGUAUCUUCAAGUUCUCCCGUCACUCUCAGGGGCUGCGCAUCCUGGGCUGUACGCUGCAGAGCUGUGCCUCUGAGCUGGGCUUCCUUCUCUUCUCCCUCACCAUGGCUGUCAUCAUCUUCGCCACUGUCAUGUUCUACGCUGAGAAAGGCACCAAGGGAACCAAUUUCACCAGCAUUCCUGCCUCCUUCUGGUACACCAUUGUCACCAUGACUACCCUAGGAUAUGGAGACAUGGUUCCAGAUUCCAUAGCAGGCAAGAUAUUUGGCUCCAUCUGUUCCCUCAGUGGUGUGCUGGUGAUUGCUUUACCUGUGCCCGUUAUAGUCUCAAACUUCAGCCGAAUCUACCACCAGAACCAAAGGGCAGAUAAGAUGCGGGCACAGCAGAAAGUGCGCCAGGCAAGGAUUCGAAUGGCCAAAAAAGGGGCCACCAAUGCAUUCUUGCAGCACAAAGAGGAUGGGGGACUGCAGGAUGGCGAUAGUGGCAGCACAGCUCUUUGUGUGAAGAACAGGUCUGCCUUUGAGCACCAACAUCAUCAUCUAUUGCACUGCUUGGAAAAAACCACAAAUCACGAGUUCACUGAUGAAGUGACCUACAGCGAGGUGUGUAUGACCGACUCCGUCGGCUUCCGCACCAGCCGCAGCACUUCGCUGUCCAGCCAGCAAGGGGCCACCACCUCCUGUUGCUCCCGCAGGGCCAAGAGGAGGGCCAUCCGCCUCGCCAACUCCACCGUCUCCGUCAGCCGAGGCAGCGUGCAGGAACUGGACACGCUGCACAUCACCAAGACUCCCGCUGGUACCCAGUAUCCACAGAGUCGUUCGAGUCUUAAUGCCAGGACUGAAGACCUGAAGCUGAACUGUGAUGACUACACAGCAGCCAUCAUCAGUAUCCCCACUCCCCCAGCCAACACGCCUGAUGAGAGCUUACCCAACUCACCUGCCAUCCCCGGCAUCCUGCGCAACUCUCGCUCCAAUACAUACAACAUCCAGGAAACUGUCAAGAUAUCUUCCUUAUAACCCAUUGAAGAGCACGAGCUGGACCCAUUGCACAAAAGAGGAGGAAUUAGGUCUAUUGGAGAAGAACAUUGGAAAGAAAGACUUGAUAUCUUACACGCUCUUUGCAAAUGCUUCACUCCAAAACAAAUGUAAUGCCAACCGAAUAGUCGAAGUAGGGUGAGUGGAAAAAAACUAUGUGAAUAUAUUUUAACAUCCAUUUGAUGUCCUGGAACAGUUAUGGUAGGGUUGACCUUUCGGCCUAGGUAGCGAACCAAGAAUGACAGAGACACUGAACUGACUAGGAACAAAUGACAGUGUGCGGACUCAGAGGACCCAGCUGGAUGGUGUGGCUGGUAAGAGUUUUUUCGACUAUAAUAUACCCACCGUGGCAUCAAAAGCCUUCUACUUUUCAAGAUAUGCAAUGUUAGAACAAGCAGGAAAAACAAAUCUACAUAAUGUGUAAAAAGACAUGUCAGGGAGAGAUUAUAAAUAAUUGCUCAAUUAUAUUGAUAUCUAAAUACAUCUUUACCAAUGGAAAUAUGAAUACUGUAUUCUGCAAUAGAUUUCUUCGCACAAAUUCAUUGAAAAUAAAGAAUUGAGUGAGAGUUAGGAAGUAGUAAAUAUGUAACAUAUUUUCAACCAUAUGUCUCUAAAUCACAUGCAUCUUCAAACCUUACCAAACAAAUGUCAGUGUGCUGACUCGCUUAAUGCAGUGCAUGUUCCUGUACAGAGUAGAUGGGGAAGAAUAGAACUUCUGACAUUAGCUAUAUCAGGUAUGAUAUCUCAUCAGUUUUUCUGUUUGUUUAUUUAGCAUGGGACCUUAUUCUUUCUUUCAGAACAGUUUGUUUUAUUUAUUUGUCCUACCAACAACAUGUAAAGUAAUAAUGAUGGCAAGUGCUCCACCAGAAAUGUACAUCAGUAAUAAAUAAAAAAAAAAACAUUCAGGCAUGUUCCUUGCCAUAAUGCAGAGUGGGUGAGUAUAGUCUGUAUGGUAGGUCAGGAGGACUUCCUUUGAUUGAUCACAAUAUGCAUGGAUACCGUUAUAGGUAUAUUACGUGUUUGUUUUUUUAAAAUGUAUAGGAGAGAUUCAACAGCAUCCAUUUACAAUGAUGAAUAAAGGGAGAAGAGAUUACCAGUAAGAAAACCAAUCUAUCUGUCUUUGAGUUCAGUUACUUUUCAUUGCUUUCUCUUAUCAUCACAUUGUCCUUCAGUACAGACCCUGUUGAAAGACUGACUUUAAAUGGUUGAAAUGUAGGUGGAUGUAGCCCCUUGAAGGCUCUGUAAUGCAAAACGACACGUUGUUCAUAUAUCAGUGCUGAUAAUGUACUUUAUUUUACUUCUAUUUAUGAGUUCCGGGGUUUGCAAUAACUGUUGUGAUUAUUUAACUGCAAACCUUGACAAUGCAACCUUUUUUCUCCAAUGUUUAUUAUUUGCAUAACAUUGCAAUGAAACAUUGACCUUUAACACUGUGCACUACAGCUGUUCUGAAGUUACUUGAGUAAUUAUUCAUUAGCACUUUAUUUUACGUUACACAGUUCAGAUAAGACUAGAGUAGGAGUACGAGCACCAUAUGGCAACCUCACACAUAUUUGCCAACAUUCAUUUCCAAAUAAAAAUAGCUAUAUGAAUCACAUUAUUUACAUUUUCUCAUGGAAGUGAUACACAGUGGGUAAAGUUGUGUUGUGGUGUAUAUAGGUGUGGUGUAUGAACACGACUCAUUUGAGUGGAGGUUUGUGUGGUUAUAUAAGUGGCUUUAGACACGCGGCAUCCAGAGAUCUAAUGGUAAGUGACCAGAUGUUUAGAUUCAGGAGAGGUGUCAUGUCAGCAACAGAGUUGCAUUCGUUUCGUAACGGCCGUAGUCUGAACGAACUCAAAGCACCGAAAUAAAGAAACAAAUAA